AUGGAGCAAGCAGGAAUGGUCCAUGUACAUUCAUUCAUGGAUCAAAGCAAAGGUGAGGAAACGUUCCCGCAAGAUGCAUGGCGCACGCCGAACAAAGAUGCUGCGCUGGUCGUCGUGCUAAGCGAUGCUGGUGGCGUUGACGAGUUGUUCUUCGGAGUUGAGGGUAUCGCGAAAGGAUUACGCGCGGGUUCUAUUGUAUUGAUUCGUUCGACAUUGCUGCUUAGCCAGUUGGAGAAGCUGGAGCAGAAGCUUACAGAUGAGAAGGAUGUCUUCCUUCUGGAUGGAUACAUUUUCAGUGGUUUAUCUGAUGAACUAAAGCAACAGAUUAUUAUUGUUGCAUCUGGGAGACAGGACGUAUCAGAAAGAGCUAGAAAGUUUUUCCAUAGCCUAUACAAUACCGUUUACUUUGCUGAAGGUGAAUUUUGCACUAGCAGCAAACUUAGGGUGGUGAAUGAUUUGCUGGAGGGCAUUCAUUUUGUUGCGUCUAUUGAAGCAAUGUAUCUUGGUGUUCGAGCUGGGAUUCAUCCAUCAAUUAUCUAUGACAUAAUAUCGAAUGCUGCUGGGAGCUCAAGGAUAUUUGUGGAGUUAGUUCCAAAACUUCUGAGUGGGGAUCCUUUGCUUAUUGAUUUUCUAAACUCAGCAAGGAAAAAAUGCAGGGGCGGAUCCAGGGCCGGGCUGCCCGGCUGCAGCCCGGACGAGUCCAUGUAG